AAGUAAACACCAAUUGACAAGUUUCUGUGCCGUGUAGGAAACCGUCAUUAAAAGGUUUAAAACCCUAAAAAUCCAUCAUUAAUCGAAUUCCUUUAUAUAUAUAUACAUAUUAUUCUCUUCCCUUCUUUUUAAUACUUUGUUAUUUUCCUUCUUUCAAUCAAACCCUCCUAAACGAUCAUCGCUUUCUUCCUCUUUAAGGUACUGAUCGAAUCGCCAUGGCUAAGAACUCCUUCAAGCUCUCUAAUCCUCUUGAGGUAAGAAUGGCUGAAUCUAGUCGUAUCAGAGAGAAGUACCAAGACAGAGUUCCCGUGAUUGUGGAGAAAGCUGAACAGAGUGAUGUUCCUGACAUUGACAAGAAGAAGUAUCUUGUACCAGCUGAUCUAACCGUUGGGCAAUUCGUAUACGUUGUGAGGAAAAGAAUCAAGCUUGGAGCCGAGAAAGCAAUCUUUGUCUUUGUCAAGAACACGUUACCUCCAACUGCGGCGUUGAUGUCUGCAACCUAUGAAGAACACAAAGACGAAGAUGGGUUUCUCUACAUGACUUACAGUGGAGAGAACACAUUUGGAUCUGCAUGCUAAUCAGCUCUGCUUUUGACAGUUUGAUCUUGAUCAUGAUGAUGAUUGUACAUUCCUUUCCCUCUCUAGCGUUUGCUCUGUUUCGUCGACUUCAAUAAUGUCUUUUUUACUUUCUGGGAUUUAUGUUCUGAGCUCUCUUUAUUAUCUAUGGAUCAGUUUGAUUUGA